AUGGAAAAGGUAAAUCAAAUUUUUGACUAUGCUCAAACACAUUUCAAAGAGGAAUUCGAGCUUUUAAUGAAAACGAAAUACGGGCUAUUUUCUGAUGUAGCAGUCAUGAACCUUAGAUUCAAGAUCAAUGUCAACAACUUUAAGUGCACAUAUGUUUCUUUAAUACUAUUGAUAAUGGUUCUUUUUAUUUUAUUAAAACCAUUUUUGCUUGUAGUAUAUGGAGUAAUGACAAUCCCAGUGAUAGUCUAUUUCAUUGGGAAAAAUUACACCUCUUUUUCAAUUAAUUUGCCAAAGGAGUACCCUCCACUUCUUAUCGCACUUACUAUGGGCUACUUCUUUGCAAUGAUAACUUCAUACUUGAAUGAAUGUAUGCUUUUCUUUGUUAUCCCCAUGGUCAUAGGUGUAACAAUUAUUAGAGCACAUUCUUGUUUCGCUAUCACAGAUGCCGAGGCUGAAUAUCAUAACGAACACUGUGAGUGUACAUCAGCCGACCCAUCUGCAACACCAUGUCAUUGUUGUGAGAAAAAGAAAGAAGAAAACGCAGAAGAGAAAACGGAAGAGAAGACAGUCGAAACCAAAGAAGCAAAAACAGAAUAA